CACAGAUUUCUGGACUUGGUCCCUGAGGAAUUGAAGUCCUGUGCCUUGUCUAAUUUUUCCGUCCUUGCUUCUCCGCUCGAUUGCUUGCUACGUCCACCACGACAACAUGACCCAAAUUUGGACGGGUUUCCUCCUUUGGCUCGCCAACCAUCCGAGGUGGGCCUACGGUCGAAGGCCUCCUUGGUGGUGGUCCCUCUUCUUCUGGCCUCUGGUCCUUCGCCUUCCUCUCACCAUCCACGCAACGACCUUCAAAGUUGGGGUGAUAGGUCCCUGGAAGUGUGACCCCAUCUACGCCCGAGCCUACCCCGACUCUGCGGCCAAGUUGGCUGUUAGCCGGAUCAACAAGGACCCCACUUUAAACAAGGGACACCGGUUUGAUUAUGUCGUCCUUAACGAAGACUGCCAGACCUCCAAGACCCUCGUGGGCCUGCUCAGUGCAGAAUAUUACGCCUCUGGUUUCGUCGGUCCGGUUAAUCCCACGGCCUGUCAGGUAGCGGGGAUGCUGGGCAAGACUUGGAACAAGCCCGUCGUCUCCUGGGCUUGCUUGUCGGAUGACGACGAGGUUGAGCGUUUUGGGACUUUCGUGCGGCCGUUGCCUCAGGCCUCCUUUGUGCUCUACACUGUACUUAAGUACUUCCAGUGGGCUCACCUGGCCAUCAUCACCUCUAAAGAAGACCUCUGGGUCCAAAUGGGGAAAGGCCUGGCCGAUUCGCUGAGGAACUUCGGCCUGCCCGUCACCGUCAUGGCCACUGUGGACGAUGAACCGAGUGGGGUGGAAGAUGCCCUUCAGAAGAUCAAGAAGGCCAACAAUGUACGAGCGGUCAUCAUGUGCAUGCACUCCGUCCUUUUGGGUGGGGAGGAGCAGCGCCUCCUCCUGGAGAAGGCCGAAGAGAUGGUGAUGACCCGAGGGAGCUACAUUUUCAUCCCCUACGAUGUCCUGACCUACAGCCUGCCCUACCAGGGGGAGAUCUACGCAGCGCUGGAGGACAACCUCAAGCUGCGCCGGGCGUACGAUGCCGUGCUCACCGUCACCAUUGACUCUCCAGAAUAUUCCUUCCGUCAGGCCUUUGAAGAGGCGCAGGAGAAGAAAGAGAUUCCGGGACAACUCAACGUGGAGCAGGCCCAUCCUUUGUUCGGCACCAUUUUUAACUCCAUCUACUUCCUGGCAAAGGCCGUGGAAAACACUCGGCUGUCCGGAAAGAGGGUGGUGGGAACAACCAUUGCUGAGCAUGCCAAGGACUUCGAGCUGGAAGGCUUUAGCCAGCCGGUGUCCGCCGACGAAAAGGGAGUCGCCGAAGUCCCAUACAUCGUCUUGGACACGGACGGAAGAGGCAGCCGUCUUCGCCCCGUGUACAAAGUAGACCUGUCUUCUGGCCUCCUGCGUUUCAUAGGACGGGCCGUCCACUGGCCUGACAAUACCAAGCCGGCUUCAGAUUCCAGUUGUUGGUUCAACCGUGGCAUCAUUUGUACCGGGGGUGUGGGUGGCGGCUUUGUUUUCUUCCUCUUCCUCCUUGUCCUUCUCUUGUUCUUGUGUGGAUCCGUUGUGGCUUACUAUCUUCGACGCCGGUUUCUGCAUGACCAGCUCUCUGAAGGACCCAACAAGAUUGUCCUCACUGCCGACGACCUGACCUUCAUCAACUUCCCAAGCAGUAUAAAGAAGUUGGAUGACAGUCCUGGAGGAAACGGCUCGGAGAAGAAAAGUUUGAAAAAUGGGGCGGAGGAGGAAAAGAACGUAGCCGUGGUGGAGGGUGACUGGGUGUGGCUGAAGAGAUUUCCCGGAGAAAAGAACCUUGAAGUCAAACCAAGCACCGAAAAAGUGUUUUGCCAGCUGCGGGACCUGAGGCAUGAAAACGUCAACCUGUUCGUGGGCUUCUUCCACGACGCUGGGAUCCUUGCUAUUGUCUCCGAGCACUGCCCGCGCGGGAGUCUCCAGGACCUUCUCCAGAACGAGGACAUGAAGCUGGACUGGAUGUUCAAGUCGUCCUUGCUGCUGGACCUAAUCAAGGGGAUGAAGUAUCUGCACCAUCAGAAAUUCCCCCAUGGACGGCUCAAGUCUCGGAAUUGCGUGGUGGACGGCCGUUUCGUCCUGAAAAUCACGGAUCACAGAUACAACGAGUUGUUGGAAACUCAGAAGGUGGACCGAGAACCGAUGAAGCCUGAGGACCGUUUGUGGACCGCGCCAGAAAUAUUGAGGAAUCCAGCGCUGGAACGGAAAGGCAGCUUCUGGGGAGACAUUUACAGUAUUUCCAUCAUCAUUCAAGAAGUCAUAUGCCGCGAUGCGCCUUAUUGUAUGCUGGACCUGAGCCCCGAAGAGAUCAUCAAGAAGGUGGAGAAGCCCCCUCCCCUUUGCCGCCCCUCUGUCUCCAUCGACCAAGCGCCGGUGGAGUGCAUCCAGCUGAUGAAGCAAUGCUGGAGUGAACAACCGGAUAGGAGACCCAACAUCAAUCAAGUCUUCAGUCAGUUUAAAAGCAUCAACAAAGGGAGGAAGACUAACAUCAUUGAUUCCAUGCUUCGCAUGCUGGAACAAUAUUCCAGCAAUUUGGAAGACUUGAUCCGGGAAAGGACGGAAGAGCUGGAAGUCGAAAAGCAAAAGACCGACAAGUUACUAACCCAGAUGCUGCCCCCUUCUGUGGCCGAGGCCCUGAAGACGGGAGCGCCGGUGGAACCCGAAUAUUUCGAAGAGGUGACCUUAUAUUUCAGCGACAUCGUGGGCUUCACCACCAUCUCGGCCAUGAGCGACCCCAUUGAGGUGGUUGAUCUGCUCAACGACCUGUACACCCUCUUCGACGCCAUCAUCGGCUCCCAUGACGUGUAUAAGGUGGAAACCAUCGGCGACGCCUACAUGGUUGCAUCCGGGCUGCCAAAUCGGAAUGGGAAACGGCAUGCGGGUGAGAUCGCCAAUAUGUCCCUCGAUAUCCUCAGUGCGGUGGGCACUUUCAAGAUGCGUCAUAUGCCUGAGGUCCCCGUCCGGAUACGUAUUGGUCUGCACUCCGGGCCCUGCGUGGCUGGCGUGGUGGGACUGACAAUGCCACGCUACUGUCUCUUCGGGGACACAGUCAACACCGCCUCGCGGAUGGAGUCCACCGGCCUUCCUUAUCGAAUCCACGUCAACCUGCGGACGGUGGAGAUCCUGCACGCCCUCAAAGAGGGGUACAAGCUGGACCUACGGGGGAAAACGGAGCUGAAGGGAAAAGGCACGGAAGACACUUACUGGCUCAUCGGUCGCGACGGCUUUAACAAACCUAUUCCUACUCCCCCAGACCUGAAGCCGGGGGCGAGCAGCCACGGAAUCACCAUGGAUGAAAUUCCUCUGGAUCGGAGGGAGAAGUUACAGAAAGCUCGUCCGGGACAGAAAAUAUAACCUGGGAAGAAGACCAUUGCAUGAAGCUAGUUGGGAUAGAGGUCAACCAACUCUCAGGAGUUUUCUGCUGAAGGCCUCUGGGCAAGAGGAUGAAUCCACCUGGGCAGGGAACCAUCCCAUAAUAAUCCAAAGGGAUGCAUCCCUUCCCAUCCAUAUCUUCUGCUACUUUCGAACUUCUAGCCCGUGUGACGGGACUUUGGCUGCGUCUCGGACUUCUUACCACGGUGACGGACGGUGAGAUGCACACUGUGGGAUCUCAGCCAACUUGGUCCUCCUCAUUUGAAGUCUUUAGAGCAGAGCCAAGGAACAUGGUGGGACAUUGGCCAUGCCAGGAAUGGCAGUCGUUCUUGACUUCCCAUCGGUCUGGCUUUUGGUAAAGAUGGGCAUCUGGAUUCCAUAAUAUCGUUAAUUAUUUCCGUAGCAAAGAGAGCAUGUGGAGAGAAAGGCCGAGGAACAAAAUGGAAGACAAUGAUUUCAGAGAAAUCGCAGUGAGGUAAUCCAGCUGGGACUGGUCUUGGAAGGGCUUUGUGGACAAAGCACAAGGCAACAGAAGGAGACCUUCAAGAAGAGCUUGUUGAUCGUCUUCUGAUUUUCUAGAAGAAACCAAAUCCAUGCAGGGGUGAAGCUGGGAUGGAGACGGUACAGCGAAUGAGACAAUAUUUGUGGGCACCAAUGAAGUUUGGACUUCAGUUCCGACGGCCAACCGUUAGAUAUCGGCAUUCCCUCGAAGGGAUAUUUGUGACAAUUUAUACAUAAAAAGGGCUUUUUCUUAAAGAAUUUGUUUCCUCUUCCGAGCCAGGAGUCUGAAUUUAAUUUAAUUUAAUUUUUCUCCACCUCAAAAGCAGCAGUAGAGAGGACAAUAUAACGUAGAGAAGUAGAGAGAAGUUGGACCAGGCUCAACUGUUCUACAAUCCAAGAACGUUGGUUUUAGCGAUUUUGAGGAGAAAUUGUGUUAGAUCUUGUGUAUUUUUUUUUUUAAAAAAAUCCACUGGAGGAUGAGAGACAAGGAUGAAUUUGGGGAUCCGAAUUUGCGGAAAUGGGUUGCCUCAAAACUUCCUUCUGGAAAAUAAUGGUGUUUAAAUAUAGCAUUUUGAAGUAACUGAUCAUCGUUUGCAGUGUUUCUUCA